GCUACUCUGGCAGUUCAGAUAGGAUCCGCCGUUAGUGAAGCGUGGGUCGUGUAUUCAGCACCUUAGUAGCUAUUCAUGAUUUAAAACUAUAACAAUGAGAACAGUUCAAACUAAAUUUAGUAUACUCGUAUGGUCUGUCAUAUUACUAUCGGUAAUUGGCGUAGGUACCGAAAUCGUCGGAGCUGAUCCCACUUCUCACCGAUAUUUUCCUAACAGCUACACGGGGCAAUGCCAUCGAGAACCCGCUGGUGUUACAAACCAGAAAACACCCGGAGAUAAUGGUUUCGAAAUCAAGAUAUCAGGAGAUCCUAAAAAAUAUGUAGCUGAAAAAGUUUAUACGGUGACCCUCCAGGGCUUCAGAACGCCGUUUAGUAUUCAGAAAUUCACAGGAUUCAUGUUGGUGGUUCAGCCCGUGGAUGGUCCACACCAUUCUUCCAACAACCAGGAUUUGGCCCCAGAUGUUGGCUACUUCCAACUCUUUGGAGAUGCUCUUUCAACCUUCUCAGAGGACUGUCCAUAUGCUAUUGUCCAGACUUCCAGUAUCCCAAAGUCUGAGGUACAGGUGAUGUGGCGGGCACCGCCAAGGGGAUCAGGCUGUGUAACGUUCAAAGCAACUCAUAGAUGUUAUAAUUUAAACUUGGUGGAAGUGUAG